AUGGUGCGCAAACUCAAGCAUCAUGAGCAGAAACUGCUCCGAAAGGUCGAUUUCGUCAACUACCCGGGAGACGACCAACAUCGCAGCGCUGCCGUGCUGCGACGAUACUCGAUUUCCAACCCGUCCGACUAUUCUGCCUACAACCGCCUGGCCGGCAAGCUUCGACAUCUGGCGCAUCGCAUAGCGCUUCUACCUCCCGAAUCGCCAUUUCGAAGAUCACAGGAGGGCAAGUUACUCGACAAGCUACACGACAUGGGUCUGUUGGGACACGGUGAUACUGGAGGCAAGCUGUCGGACGUGGAAAAGAAAAUCACAGUGUCCGCAUUCUGUCGCAGGCGCCUGGGUGUGGUCAUGACGAGGUUGCGAAUGGCAGAGACAGUGUCGGCUGCAAAUCGCUUCAUCGAACAAGGACAUGUGAGAGUAGGCACUGAAGUCGUGACUGACUCCGCCUUUCUCGUGACGAGGAACAUGGAAGACUUUGUGACGUGGGUUGACUCCUCCAAGAUCAAGAGGAACAUCAUGAAGUACCGGGACAAGCUGGACGACUUCGAUCUACUCUGA